UUAUUUAUUUUUUUUGAAACGUUGUUGGACGUUUUGCUCUUCACUUUAAACGUGACCUCAUGUUUCAAAAGGGAGCGAAGUGACGCGGACGUGAUGGUUGUCGCUUUAACUGAGCUGCUCAAAUAAAUAAUUUAUCGUCUUUUUCCUCUUGCAAGCAUUUAUUGUUUUGUUUACUUUUAUUUUUAUUAUGGCGGAUGAAGUGGUUGACAUCGGGAGCUCUGAGGAUGAAAUCGAUAACAUCUUUGGCUCAAACCGCUCAAAAUCAGAAGAAGACAUCCAGGUUGUGGCAUGCACAAGUAAAACAAGUUUUGGAACAAGUCACCAGCUACCAUGGUCUUCAAGUUAUAAUGAUUCUUCCUCUCCUGGAUCAUCUAAAUCUAGUAUGAAUAAUGGAUCAAAUUUAAAAGUCAAUAGAAUUUUGCCACCUUCAAGCAGCCGCCAAGAAAUAAAGUCAAUCAUUCGGAAUUCAACCCAGUCAUCCAUAGGACAGUUCUUAGUUCAAGAAACUGUUGAUGAGAGAAGGAAGAGAAUUCUUGAAGCACCUUGCCAAGAUGAACCUCGUCACAAGAAAUUGAAAACAAGUCAGUCAGAAGGAUCUAAGAAACCUGAUGAUAUUUCUGUGCUGCCAGUUUCUGGAGAUUCAGAUUUGGGUCCUGAGUGUAAUACCAGCAAGAAAAAAAAUCACAUUGAGGAUCUUCCAAGUCCUGUCAAUAAUUCUGAUGUCUCAAAUGCACCACAAAAGUCUGAUGAUGAAUCUCAUCAGAUUAAAGACUCAGUUUCUAAGUUUAUUGAAAAAUGGGAAUCUGUGAAAGGUGCAAAAGAUAAAAGUGACAAGAAGAUUGAAGAAAAAAUUUGGAGAUACUUCUACUUGGCCCACACAUCCUUUACACAUUCCAAGUUGUUUCGGAGGAACAUUGAGACAGCCAUGAACCGCAUUAAUUCUGACAAUGUUUAUGUUCUGAUCAAAGACCUGCUGGACUGCCUGAAGAGUUAUAAAGAUGUUCCUUACCAAGAGCCGUCUCGUGACAACAAUGUAACCACUGAAGCCUCUUGUGAGCCUCCGAGACCUCUUACUGAAGAGGAGGCCAAGACUGAGAAGAAGUUGCGUAAGAUAGAGAAGACUAUGGCCAAAAUUGCUGAGCAAAUCAAAGUGUUGGAUGAAGCUGAAGUAGAUCUGGAUGAUGAAGAUAAUUCAGCUUAUCUGGUGCAGGAGAGACUGAAGGCCCAGUUCAUGAAACUGGACGACUAUUACUGCAGACUGGCAGGCUGCUCUCGGUCCACUGGCAGACCUCUGGAGAAGCGAUUUAGAUACCAAGGUUCGCGCUAUCCUGAGAUAAAUCAACGCAUCAGUGCAUGGAUCAACAAGCACAGGGAGUUCCCAGAUUACCUCGAUGUAUUGAACCUUGUGAAGAAAGUUACAAAUGAAUCUGCUCUCCCCCUGCGUCCUGAGACUGUGCGCGUUCAAGCUCAAGAAAUAUUCCGAGACGUGGGCAAGAUGCUCAAGGAGCGCCGUGAGAACGACGAUCUGUACAGCAUCUACAGCUACUGCGACUCCGACGCCCCUGACCCUGCCACACAAAACCCUGAGCUCGCCGCCAUUCUUGACGAGAACGCCGUCGUUGCCAGCAAUAAACUUUCCAAGGUUUUCCAAGAGUUUGUAGAUAAGGAGACAGAGAUGCGUGAGGUCUCAGACUUGAAGGCAGAUUCAAAGAAAACAAGUACAGACGACGAAACCACUGGUCACGAGAGUCGGCUAGAUGGCGAUGAGGCAAUUAACGAAGAAGCUCCAACAUCUUUACAAAAAUUUAGCGAUACAAAUAAGCAAGAUAACGAGGGGCGGCGCGACUCUGGCUCUCAACGUAAAGGUGUAUCGUCAAGUGAUCAACCUGAAAAUGAUGCUUUUGAUACCGUAAACGACGACGACAGUGAAAGUCCGUUCUCGCCAAUUGUCCAGCAGGAACUUGUAUUUGAUGAUGGCGGCCAGAACGAUGAUGAUGAUGAAAGUGACGAUAACGAAGAAAAUCAUAUGAACGUUGAGGAAGACGAUGAUGAUGAUGAUGAUGAUGAGGAAGAUGAUGUAGAUUCUUUGUCUUUGCCUGACAUUGAGCAUCAAUCAGACGACGAUAGCAGUUCAAAUGAAGCUCCAUCCAUGAAGGAGCACAGAGUCGAAAAUGCUCUACAACAAAGGCAAAAUAAGUCUAUAGAAAUACCUGUUGUAGUUUCUGAAAUGUUGAAUGAUCGUGUGGAAAAAAUGGGGGAUGCAGCUUCUCUUAAGAGUAUGAAUGCUGCAAGUACUUUGGAUUUGGUUGACAGCAGAAGUGAUGACAAACUGGAACCAUCAUUCCGGAAAUCUCGGGCCGAAAAUUCUCUUCUCUUGGAAUCGCCAGAUAUCAUCCCUGAUACAGAAUUAGAUAAUGUUACAGAAGGAAUGUUCAUUUCAGCUAAUGCUGGCAGAAAAACUUGCGAAUCUAAUGCUUUGGAAGCAACAACGUGUGGUAGACGGUCUGAUACUCCAAUAGAACAUACUUCACCGAGUCAGAAAUCUAAUUCUGCGAGAAACAAAUUGAUUUCUCCUAAAAGCAUGCAACGGCUUAAACAAAAAAAUGAAAGCCUUACAGAUGUUACUGAUGAAAACUACAUUUCAGAGCAGGAGGAUUCUGGAAGUUUGCAUCCAACAAAGGGACAAAAUGAUGCAGGAAUGACCGUUGUAAACAAUUAUAGGUCAAGUUCGGAUGUAGUCGAAGAGGUGUCUAGCAACCAAGAAGUCGAGGUAAUUGAAUCAACUGUUCAUGGUCCGAAUAGAACCCAAGACGCCUCCAUUAACAAAGAGUCAACUUCACCUAAUAAAUUGAGGCUUACAAAAAAGCCUGGCCCUCUGUCAAAGAAUUCGUCGUCUUCCUCGAGCGUUCCUAAAGGCCCCGUGCCACGAAUAAAGACGGCCAAGCUCAGUCGUUUGGGUGUUACUAAGGGGCAGGCUUCCCCGGCGUCAAGCAGCUCUAGUAUAGAUUGUAUCGACACCAACAUAGAGGAGUCUGUUGUGGACGCCAGUAUUAAUAGUGCUAAUGGUAUAAUGUACAAUUCGAACGGUGUCCACUGUAGCAAAUCGUUUGAAAUAAGUACUGAAAAUUGCUUAAACACUGAUACACCUUCUUCCCUUGGUAAAACUAAGGAUUCUAAUCGUUCUGACGAAUUCAAAGAUAAGUCUAAUUUGAGUAGUAUGAACUCUUCUAGUACUUCGAGAUCCCUGUCCUGUGCUUUAAGCAAGACCAAGGAUGUAGGGGAACCUGCUGCCAUUGAAGUUCUCGAUUCCGCAGUGAAAAACGGCAAUCAUAACGAAAAUUUUGAUGUUGACUGCCAAUCAUUGUCGCCACAGCCGGAAGAACUGUCGUCUGAAGAAGACGUUUUACUUGCAACAAGCCAGCAUUUUGGAGACACAGACGACGACUACAACGACGUGCAUGGCCUGCCAGAUGCCAGAUUUGACAGCGCGUCGCACAAAAGCUUAGAAGUUCUGGUGAAGGAGGAAGCCGCGGAUGGCAGGAGAAGGCGCGCUGAUCCUGUGCUGCUGGUGCCCAACGGACGUUACCAGCAGAGAGCGGCGUCUCCAGAACUGGUGGAGCUCGAUUAGGUUCUAGUAACUAAUCUUAAGGAAACAUGCGCGAACUUGACCUGGACAAUGCACCGAUUUCAAGGCACGCUUUGACAUUUUAUUCUCAUAGGGCUUAUUUAUAACACAUCGAAUGUUUAAUUGCACGUUAGGUGAAAUUCCUCCUAUUUAUCAGUUGAUUUUAAGAUACAGUUGCUGAGAAAAUUGCCGAUGUCCCUUCAUUUUGGAAUGCUAAUGCCCACCUGGGUUGUUAAAUGGGAACUUUUCUAAAAUUGUCAAGAUUUUUUUACUUCACUGAAAGUCGUAAUUAAAAUUAGAUAUAAUCCUAAAAUUAUAUAUAAUUAAUGCGCUUGUGACCGCCGCUUAAUAAAUGAUUCCGAUGUCAUAAAUUCGUCAAGAACUCUGACACAUUGACUACGUAUUGGUACAUUAACUAUCACUGAGACUCUUAACUAACGUGUUUGUGCACAUAUUUACCGCUGAAUAAGUGUUCUGGCGGCGUCUAUGACGUGUUGAUAGUUGCCAUUCAUUGGGUGAUUUGGGUUAAUUGUUCAGGCUUUGAAUGAUGAUUGGUUGGCUUGUUUGUGUGGUUUCAGGUUCUGAUUCUUUAUAUUGCAGCAUUCAUAACUCACUCGUGCAUGGAGGGAGUGAAGCGAAUACCUUGAAUCUUCAUCCCAAUCCUCCUAAUCGCAAUUAAGCUAUAUUCGGUUGGAAAUAUAAGUGCAGUACGGUAGUAAUGUUUUCGAUAGUUACAUUUUGAUAGAAAAUAAGGGUCUGUCCUUGGACCAGUGCGAGUCAAAAGAGCUGGUCAAAAGCGAGUUUUAUAGAUUUCAUGUAAAAGAAAUCUAGAUGAUAAUCUAUCGUAUGUCUGGUAAAAAACUGGAUUUGGAUCAGUUUUAUUCGCCCGUUCUGAGUUGUGGUAUGUGUGCACCAUGUCCAUUUUCUUUCGACUGUACAUGUUCUAGAUUUUAUUCUGCUUAUUUAUUUGUGGUAAUUUAUUUAUAAAUUUUUAGGAUUCCUUCAGUGUGAGAUGUAUUUAUACGACCAUUCGUAAGUAGCUAUUAAAUUUUAGUGUAUUCAUGACCUUAUGACCAAUUUUUAUUGGAUAUUUCACGUCUCUGUUAGACUGUCUGAUUCGUUAUAAUUGAACGAAUUAACCAUUUCAAUGUGCUAUUAAUGCAACUAUACUGAUGACAGCAACGCUAAUACCACCUUGUUUUGAUCUGGAAUGCUUGCUGAAGAAGAGUCUGAUAUUCACACUUCAGAAAACUGGUGGCAAUCAUUUCUUUAGUUUGCUCGUUGGUUGAGCAAAUUCUUGCCUAUUAUUUCUCUGUCAAUACAUAGGCUGCUGCUAUCCUAUUAUAAGUAUUUUUCUCCUAGGUAUUUGCUAUAAUUGAUGGUAAAACGUUCAUAAGUUUGGUCAGAAUGGUUCUAAUCCUAAAGUUUGGUUUUGAUGCAUCUUAAUCUAAUAUUUUAAUUAGAGUUUCCUCAACAACAAGCCUCUAAGUCUAACAUUCAAAUGUAACGAGUUUAUGUUUAGUAUGAAUCUGUCUAAAAACAAUUUCAGGUAGUCUAUUCUAAAGCCUAAAACAAGUUUAUAUGUGCCUGUUUUUUUUUAGCUUGAGGGAUAUAUAUGUGAUGUAUACGAACAUAUUUAUGCCGCGCCUCAAUAUUCAGUAAAUCAAAUCUGUAAGUUAUAAUGUUAGCGCGGAAAAUUUUACUUCUUAUGCGUUGGAUUUGGAACUGAUUUAUGACAGAUUUUUAUUUUAAUGUUCCUGGAGAUUUUCUUCUGACUUAUUGGAGUGUGUGUGAUUCAUAACUUAUUUUUGCUUGAAUACUUCAUCAUAAAAAUUGGACAGUUCAUUGUAAAAUUGUGACAAGGAUGAAUACACAUUUAUACAAUU